CCCCCUUGGUCCUUCCUACUUAUUGGCAUUCAUCAUCAUCAUCAUCAGUUUGAUAAUUAUUGGCGACCGAUUAGCCAAAAGCAACAAACCGUACAAUUCCGUCGGUUCUGGUUUUUGUUUGUCUCGAUAAGCAUUUACACACAGGAUUUCCACCCUUUUUCUCUAUCUGUUUAAGCUCAAAGAAAUCAGUCAUUUCAUACAUAUCUUGGCCUUGUUUUUAUUAGUGUGUAUAUAUAUAUAUAUAUAUAUAUGUAUAAUGUCAUUGAAUUUUCAUCAACUUAUUCAUUUAUCCCAGUCGGUUUCUUCUUACUUGGCUUUUUGGGACCAUCUCUCACCUUCUCCCAUUAUUAACCCAAAAAAGUAGUAUUCCUAGUAUUAAAUUAGUACCUCACCUCCAUUGCUCUUCCCUUUUAUGCUUUGAGUAAAUGUACUUACUAUAUACAUUGCCCAAGACGACUCCUUUUUGUGUUGGUUUCUGUACUGUGUGAGUGUGUGUAGUUUUGUUUAAUUUUAUUUCUCUCCCACCCUUCAAGCAAAGUUGCAACCUUUUUUGUGGCUCCCUUUCACCUUUUUUCUUUAUUCUUUCUAUCUUUUUUUUUUUUUUGGUUUCUGGGUUUCUGUGUCUACUUUUAGAGAUCCGCACUUAUAAUGGGGUUUUCCCGAAGUAAUUUUGCCAACUCUAUAGUCCCUGUUCAUAGCUCAUUUUCCUCCUCAAAGACUGUAGCUUUGUCCAAACCUGACGACGAUGAUGAUCACUUGUUUCAUUACGACGACGAUGAGCUAAAAAUGAAGUCUUUGCUGUACAAAAUGAUUUGGGAUUUCGGGUUUGGCUGUUUUGUUCCGGGUCCCCGGCGGCGACGCUCCGGCGAUGAUGAUGAGGAGGGAAAUGGAAAGGGUGGGAAUAAUUUGGAGCAUAAUAAGGCUUGGUUGUUGGCGGAGUCUGGCGGUUGUGGGGCAGAGAUGAACAGCACUGAGCCGCAUACGGUUCAUUCCUCUUUCAGGUUUAGUCUGUGCUCUCAGGUGGAGCUGGAGUCAAUGAGUGUGAAUAGCUCCUCUGCUACCGUUUUGAUGGUGAAUUUGGAUGAUGGGGCAGUUGAUUCCCGGUCAAGAGAGUUGAAAUGGAAAAGAAUUGAGUCUCUGGAGAGGAGAAUUUCUCCUAUUGCACAUUCUUUGAUUAGGUUCAGCUAUGCUGAAAUCGUUGCUGCUACUCGGAAUUUCUCCAAAGGUAGAGUUUUGGGGAGAGGUGCAUUAAGCUAUGUUUUUAGAGGAAGAGUUGGAUUUUUAAGAACUGCUGUGGCAAUUAAGCGGUUGGAUAAGGAAGACAAGGAAGCCUCCAAAGCAUUCUGCAGAGAAUUGAUGAUUGCCAGUUCCCUUCACAAUCCAUAUAUUGUUCCUCUUGUGGGUUUUUGUAUGGAUGCUGAAGAGGGUCUGUAUUUGGUCUACAAAUAUGUCUCUGGAGGAAGCUUGGAGCGGUAUUUGCAUGAGAAGAGAAGGGGAUCUAAGGGUGGUCCUGCUCUGCCAUGGUCAGUGAGGUAUAGGGUUGCUGUUGGUAUUGCGGAGGCUAUUAGUUAUUUACAUAAUGGGACAGAAAGAUGCAUUGUUCAUAGGGACAUCAAGCCUUCAAACAUCCUUCUUUCUUCCAGGAAGACACCUAAGCUCUGUGACUUUGGAUUAGCUACAUGGACUCCUGCACCUUCAGUGCCUUUCCUCUGCAAGACUGUAAAAGGAACAUUUGGGUACUUGGCUCCUGAAUAUUUUCAGCAUGGUAAAGUGUCUGAUAAGACUGAUGUUUAUGCUUUUGGGGUAGUUCUUUUGGAACUAUUAACUGGCAGAAAACCAAUUGAGUCCAAAAGAGGGCCUGGAGAGGAGAAUUUGGUGCUGUGGGUGAGUAAUUAUUCAUUUUGUUACUUCAUCUUCUGUUAGUUAUGCCGUAUCUUUCAUCAACUAACACAAAGGAUAUUAUUUCAAAAACUGUCUCAUUAGCUGGCUGGCUCAAUAUAUUCCACUAUUCAUAUGCUUUGAAAUUGUUAUUUGUAACAGAUCUUAAAUAUACUAAGUCAGAACUAGUUCCACCUACUAAUACAUCAUACCCUACCUAGUAUGUAUUGAAUUUAGCUUGAGCUUUUGUGCGUAUUCUGUUGAUAAGGCAAAAAGAUUGGGAAAACUUUAUUGACCUUAAAUCGUAUUUCACGAUCACAAUGGUUUUUGACGAGGACAGAAUAUAUUGCUUUCAGUUAUAUUUUGUGCUAGGAAGGCUUGAUCAGUCGUUGGGGCAUUGGUCAGUUUUGGAUAAACUAUAAAAUUGUUUUAGGAGAAAGGCUAAGUUUCGUUUAUCCAAUCAAUAUAUUAGGCAGUUAAACAGUUUUAUUCCUGUACUUUCUCCAUUCUUACUGAACAGCUAAAAUGAUGCUGUUUCUUUUUAUCAUUCUUGUUUCUUCAUUAAUCAAACACAAGAAUACUGAAUAGUUUCUCCUUGUUUCAGGCAAAGCCUUUACUACAGCAAGGCUCUCUUGAAAAAUUGCUUGAUCCACGACUUAAGCUUCCUCAAAGACACUCAAAUCAUGUAUCCCAGAUGGUUCAAGCUGCAGCAGCCUGCAUACAUAAUGAAGAAUCGAGGAGGUCCAGCAUUGACGAGAUUAUUUCAAUAUUAAGAGGAUCAAAGUCUAACAGCCUAAACAGAAAGAGGUCCAAUUUGGCAGCUAAUACUUUGGCUGGUGACUAUGCACAGAUUCAUCAGACAAAAAGCGAAAUGAAGAGUCACUUAGCUUUAGCUAUGCUUGGAGUUUCAGAGUUAGAGGACGAUGAUCAUCUGUACUGCAGAUGAAACAGAAGCAUCUUGAGUAACAGACUCUCAUAAGCAUUCCGGAAUUGCAUUUUGAGAGUAUAUUUAGGUCUUAGAACUGCUUAGUUUUUCACAAUUUUCUUAGUUUUUUAGGAGGGGUGGUAAGUUGGUAAGUAAGAUUGGGGAGGGAAAAGAGAAUAGGAGAUGUCAAAAUCGGAUCCUUGUGUAGAGACAAGGAGCGUAUACCCUUAAACAGUGGAGAUAUACCCGAUUCUGAGAAGAUUAGUUUACAGUAACAUUUGUAUAGGAAAUGGCAGCCAGUCUCAUGAGCUGUUUGACUGCAUUCACUCCUUUCUGAGGGAAAGAUGCUGUCCAUUUGAUUGAUGGAUUGAAUUUUAAAACAUAAUAGAAUGAGAUUUGGAAAUGUGUUUGCUCAGCCUACAGAUCUUUGAGUAUAUUACAGCAAGAAGUCCCUCUCUCAUAGGCCUUAUGGCGAAUUUUUCAUCCCUGAGUUAGACUCUGAUUUUUACAGCAAGGGCAAGAAGAACUUGUUUCAAGUAUCAGCUGCCACCUGAGGCCAAUGUCUGAUUAUACUAGCAUUCUAUUUUCAUGGCUUUAACCCUUCCCAACCUAAACCAUCUACUUUUGAGUACACUCUUUUAAUUUGCAUUUCCCUGUCAUUCAUUCACUCCCAUUCAGUAGCAGCAGGUUCACAACUGGUUCAUCAAUAUAGGUCCAUGUCUCCAUGAAGGAGGGGAGUGAAAUUAAUAAAAAUAACUACACAAAAGUUACAUCCAUUGAAAAAGAAAGGCCAUGAUCUGGUCAAUUCCAGCAUUACCUAUUCGAGUAAUUAAAGAAACCCACACUUCCACAUGGGGCGGGAAAUGGGUUUUUCCCAGAAAAAAAUGAACCAAAUUUGACGACACUAAGUAGCAUACCAUGUGCUUGUAAUUAAGUAAUGUAUGAAACUGCCGGAUUAUUCUUCUUGCUAAUGGUCAACAUUUGAUUAAACGAAUACUAAAGCACUGUCAGUUUCAGAUUGUAUGCAUGCUUUUUAUCAAAUCACAAUCAGAUGAUACCAAAAUUCAGGUUGUUACAGCAAAAGUGCAACAUUCUUCAAUCCCUUUAAAUAAAAAUAGCAUCUUGAGCCUAGAAGGCAAGCCUCGGUACCAAAAUUGCACUUCUUACAGAGUGGAUAUACUUGGGUUCUUCAAGAAGUGAUUUUCAAUGGUUCUAACCUCCUAGCCUACUUUUUAAUUGUACUGAAAAAUUGAACGAAAACAAGGAGAAAAGCAAAGAAGAAAACAGAACUCUGAAUCCCUGAAUGAUGGUUGGUAAAAGAAGACUAAAAUACUUUGGCAACAUCCUUCAUAAGUCCCUUGUUGGCCUCGGCAAAUGCUGUGAAUUCAUCAUGGGAAAUGAAGCCAUCCCCAUCUGUGUCAAUUUCCUUCAUCAUACGCCCGACUUCUUCUUCUUUAACACUGCCCAGAGUCUUCAAUGCAUCCCCAAGCUCUGUUGCCGAGAUUUUCCCAUCGCCAUUGGCAUCAAACCUUUUGAAGAUUCUCUCAUGCUCUUCCUUUUCGUUUGCAUCAGCCAUUUUAAAGUCUUGAUUUUAAGAAUGAUGAUACAAAAAACUGGGAUAUAUUAAGCUAGCAUCUGUGACAUUCAGGGUGAAUCGUGCGGGCUUAUAAAGUGAAUUUGGCCCUGAAGAAUAUGGCAAAGCAUAAUGUUCGGAUACAUUCAGUUCUGUAGUUUAUUACUUGGCAACAAACCAUGCUUCCUUAAUGGCCGGGGUGAAAGGACAAUUUCAGCAUGAUUUGAUGUUGUUGCUAUUUUCAAGCGGAAACUAAUAUGCCUUUACUAUUAAAACUAGA